UGCUGCGCGGCGGCCGAGCCGAGGGCGAGGAGAAGCGACCCGAGGAGGGGGCCGGCUUCCCGCGGACACGCGAGGUUGCGGGGACCAUGGCCAACCACACCCAGGAAGCCGGGGGCGUCCAUUUCCCCUUUCCCUUCCCGCCCUACUCCAUCCAGAAGGAGUUCAUGGCAGAGCUGUACCGGGUUUUGAAGGCCGGCAAGAUUGGGAUAUUCGAGAGUCCGACCGGCACAGGUAAGUCCUUGAGUCUCAUCUGUGGCGCCCUCACGUGGCUCCGGGACUUCGAGGAGGAGCAGCGGCAGGAGGAAGCUCGUCUCCUCCGCUGCGGAGCCGCCGCCGCCUCCAGCCCCUCGUCUUCCAGCCAGGAGCCCCCCGGCACCCCAAGGCCCGCCGGGGAGCCCGACUGGGUCACUCAGUUUGUGCAGAAGAAAGAAGAAAGGGAGCUGGUGGAGCGGCUGCAGGAGGAGCAGGGGCGGCGGCGGCGGCGGGAGGAGCGGCUGCAGCGCGUCCGCCACGAUGCGCAGCUCAAGUAUGCGGCCGCCAAGCGCCUGAGGCAGGAGGAGGAGGUGGCGAGUCUCCUGCGCCUGAGCCAGGAGAUGCUGGCGGGGUCGGGAGCGGAGGCCGGGGCGGAGCUGGAGGCCGGGGAGGAGGAGCUGGUCCUGGCCGAGUACGAGAGCGAUGAGGACAAGGACAAGCCGGUGGCCACCAGCGUGGAGGAGGAGGAGGAUGACCUGGAGGAGGAACACGUGACCAAGAUCUAUUACUGCAGCCGCACCCACUCGCAGCUCAGCCAGUUCGUGCGCGAGGUGCAGAAGAGCCCCUUCGGCAAGGGCACCCGCCUGGUCUCCCUGGGCUCGCGCCAGAACCUGUGCGUGAACGCGGAGGUGAGCGGCCUGCGGUCCGUGGAGCUCAUCAAUGACCGCUGCCUGGAGAUGCAGAGAAGCAAGCACGAGAACCACAGAGCGGAGCCCGACCAGCCCAAGAGGCGGCGGCCGGAGGGCCGGGCGGCGAGGGCCGGCUGCCCGUUCUACGGCCACGAGCAGCUGCGGCUGCUGCAGGACGAGAUCCUGGUGGGCGUGAGGGACGUGGAGCAGCUGGUGGCGCUGGGCAGGGAGGCCCGGGCCUGCCCCUACUACGGGAGCCGCCUGGCCAUUCCCCAAGCCCAGCUGGUGGUGCUGCCCUACUCGAUGCUCCUGCACGAGGCCACGCGGCGGGCCGCGGGCGUCCGCCUGCAGGGCCAGGUGGUCAUCAUCGACGAGGCUCACAACCUGAUGGACGCCAUCGCCAGCAUGCACGGGGCCGAGGUCCGCGGCUCCCAGCUCUGCCAGGCGCAUGCGCAGCUGCUCCAGUACAUGGACCGCUACGGGAAGCGCUUGAAGGCCAAGAACCUGAUGUACAUCAAGCAGAUUCUGUACCUGCUGGAGAAGUUCGUGACGGUGCUGGGAGGGAACAUUAGGCAGAACCCCAACACACAGUACCUCUCGACGACAGGAACGGCGCUGCUGAGCAUCAACGACUUCCUGUGCCGGAGCCAGGCCGACAACAUCAACCUGUUCAAGGUGCAGCGGUACUUGGAGAAGAGCAUGAUCAGCAGGAAGCUCUUCGGCUUCACGGAGCGCUAUGGAGCCAUCCUCCCGGCCUCCAAGCAGGAGUCCAAGUUGUCUGGCUUUCAGCGCUUCCUGCAGCACCUGCACGAGGAGGCCUCGGCCACCCAGGCCCCCACAGCCCCCACAGAGGAGGCCGAGGCCCCGCGGCUGGCCUCGCCGCUGGUGCACAUCGAAGGCUUCCUCGCAGCCCUCACCACCGCCAACCAGGACGGCAGGGUCAUCCUGAGCCAGCAGGGCAGCCUCAGCCAGAGCAGCCUCAGGUUCCUGCUUCUGAACCCGGCGGUGCACUUCGCGCAGGUGGUGAGGGAGUGCCGGGCCCUGGUCAUUGCUGGUGGCACCAUGCAGCCGGUGUCUGACUUCCGGGAGCAGCUGCUGGCGUGUGCCGGGGUGGAGGCUGAGCGCGUGGUGGAGUUUUCCUGUGGUCACGUGAUCCCGCCAGACCACAUCCUGCCCCUGGUCAUCUGCCACGGGCCCUCGGGCCAGCCGCUGGACUUCACCUUCCAGAAGCGAGCCCUGCCUCAGAUGAUGGAGGAGACGGGCCGUGCCCUGUGCAACCUGUGCAGUGUGGUCCCCGGAGGGGUGGUGUGCUUCUUCCCCUCCUACGACUACCAGCGCCAAGUCCACGCACACUGGGAAAAGAGUGGCCUGCUGGCCCGCCUGGCCAUCAGGAAGAAGGUCUUCCAGGAGCCCAGGAGCGCCGGUCAGGUGGAGCAGGUGCUGGCGGCCUACGCCAAGUGCAUCGCGGGCUGCAGCCGGGCAGGCGGCACAGUGACCGGGGCGCUGCUCCUCUCCGUGGUGGGAGGGAAGAUGAGCGAAGGCAUCAACUUCUCGGAUGACCUGGGCCGGUGUGUGGUGAUGGUGGGCAUGCCCUACCCCAACAUCAAGUCUCCGGAGCUGCAGGAGAAGAUGGCCUACCUGGAGCGGACACUGCCUCGGGCGCCGGGCCAGGCCGCGUCGGGCAAGGCGCUGGUGGAGAAUCUGUGCAUGAAAGCCGUCAACCAGUCCAUCGGCAGGGCCAUCCGGCACCAGCGGGACUUCGCCAGCAUCGUGCUCCUGGACCAGCGCUACGCGCGCCCCCCGGUCCUGGCGAAGCUGCCCGCGUGGAUCCGCGCGCGCCUUGAGGUCAAAGCCACCUUCGGCCCGGCCUUCGCCGCAGUGCGCAAGUUCCAUCGUGAGAAGUUGGGUGCCGCUUAACGGCAGCACCCCCCCCCCCCCCCCCCCCCCCCCCCCCCCCGCUGCGGGCAGCUUGAGAAGGGAGAUGCUGCGGACCCGGCUUCUCAGUGAACCACAGGCUGCGGGGAGGAGCCCCCCCACACUCCCACCCCCAGCUCAGCGGGCUGUGAACCUCCCCCUUGUCUGUUUCCA